AUGUGCGCCUCGGCCGGUGUCGGACCACCCGCACUCGUCCCCGGCCACCUCAUGGUGUGCUCGGGAUGCCUUGGGGCGAUAGCGCGCCAUUCCCCUCCACUCACAACGAUUUCUUUGUGUUUCGCGGCGAAAAAUGGAUUUUCGAAGCCGGAAGACCGGGCGAAUUUUGCGGUUUGAGCGGUCCGAACAAUGUUUUGGCGGUUACUGUAGCAAGGUGAGGGCUCAUUCUUACCUGAGGGUUUAAUUCCCUCCUAUUAUUAUAAAGUUUUCAAAGCGAGCUCGGGUUAAAAACUCAGGAAGACGUGUUCUUCUAGAAAAUUCUAAAAAUUUUGUAGGCAGCAAGUUGAUCGCUAGUUGGAAAAAAACAUCUGUCAGCGAUUUCUCGCCUUCUGCUUGGCUGAUUUCGAAGAUACGCUCCCAAUUCCUCCAUCUAUCAUUGAAUUAGCGAAUUCCUCGCGAAGCGUCCAGCCUUCCUUAUCGCGUGAUCUCUCGUUGAGCUUCGCUUCCGCCCUAAGGCUACGAAUUGUUCGCUCUCCGUCCGAUUCUGCCGACUGGCCGAAGGUCGAGAGUGGGGAGAGCGGCGGCGGCGGCGGCGCUCGACGGUGUGUGCAUACGCCCUCGAGCGCUUUGCUUUUCUUUCCCCCCACAUUUUUUUCGGGGUCCGCUUUUCCAUUUCCCUCGAGGCGAGCAGUCAUGUGGUAUUGAACCGCUCGCGUUUUGCUUUCCACCCCAUUUUGUUCAUAUUAUAUUCAAUCCGAUCCCAUAGAAGCGAAAACUUUUUUUGUGUGUGUGUGGAGCACUUUGUCGGAGCGUCGAAAAUCGACGGCGUUUCGUUGACGUCGCAUUCCCUGGAAUCAGAAGCGGCGAUCGGUCCGCCGGAAACUUCGGGGCGGCUUGCGAAGCGGCGCUUUCGGGGAUGGGUGCGGCUUAUUAGUAGGCCAUUGCGGGACUGUUUUUUGUGUAUUAUCAUCUUCUUUUGUUUUGACCGUUUUAUUAUGACAGAAGAGGAGUGGGGAGGCUCGGUUGGGGGGUCUUCAUUGGUAAUUGGGCAGUUAUGGGAUUGCAUUUUGCGGAGCGAGCAGAUAAAUUUGUAGGCUUGGCAAGAUGCCAGCCCGGCCUACAUGCGAUUUCCUGUCUCCACGAGCACCUUGGUCUACAUCUUUUUUUCUCUAUGUUAAUCCAAUUUUCCAAUAGCGUUUGCACUAUAUUCGGAGGGAUUGGUCUUUAAGAUGUCCUUAGGAACUCUUUGUUGCGUUCUUUUCACUGCAUAGCUAUUUUUAAUGCAUAAUUCAUGCGCUUAGCGGUCCUCGAAUCGAACCGUUCGUAUUUGCGUGCAAGCUUCGAUUCCACAGUAUUUGCACGGAUCGUUUACCUGUUUUGGCUCUGCAAGUUCUCGUGUGAUUUCCUGGGGGAGGAGAAAAACAAUUGUGAAGUAAUUGGGGGAUGAUAACAACCAGAGUGCACGUAGUAGAAGUUCGCGGACUUUGUUCGCUUGUUUAUCCCCAACUAAUUGGUGCAAUUAGGACUAAAGUGCAGUAUUAAAAACUGCGUGGCUUGCAUAUUGCGCUGCUGCAGCCACAACUCGAGUUUGAACCACUUUUCAAGUGGUCCAAACUCGGAGGCCUCAGUAUGUUCAACAUGCGGUGGUUGUGAUCUCUGGAAAUUGUUCAAAAAAAUAGAUAUAUCGAUAUUGAUCUCAAGCUGCGUGCUUUCGCAUUGUCCUGAGCCCCGGUUCCGUUGCGUUGCAGCAAAUCCAUCUCCGUCGUUGGGGGAUGUGUAAUCUGUCAUUAUCAUUGCAAAAAAGAUAGAUAUUGUUUCUUUCGAUUUCCGGUACCCCCCACCACUCUUCCCCCCAAAAAACGACGACGCUGAAUGAAUCAGGGCGUUGAGUCGGCUUCUGAUUCUUCUUGAUUUCGUCGCCCCGAACCUCAUCGCUUUUCGAUUUCCUGCUGGAAGGCAAGAGCCCGACCUCAAUCCCAUCCCCUUUCCCUUAUUGCAUCCCGCGAGAUUUUCGUCAAGAAUUUUGCCGCUGACGUCGGUGGCUUCUGAUCGCGUUCUUCAGCGAACCCUUCCGAAUUUGGCUAGUUGUUUUGCGGAACUCGUGACCCAUUUUGUCGGUGAUGAUGAUGUUGGGAAAAAAGGGGCUUCUUUCACUUCUUAUUACUGUGAGAUCAUUGCGCAUUGGUUCGUUAUUUUACGGGCGUAUUUUGUGGGCAAAUUCAACGAACUCGCGAGGGCAAUAAAACGCAAGCCGUUUGCUCAGCUGUUUACGGAAUUUGGUAAUAUUUAAUUGUUCCUCCUCAAGACCAAAACAAGCUCCUUUUUUCUUGUUUUCGCCCAACUGACCGUCCGCAAAAAACGGCUUGAACUCGAGUUGAGCAUGCGACUAGGUUAGGGGCGGAUAAGGGCAAAAUUGAACAGUUAACUUCACCAUGCUUUCGUCAUCAUCACCUGUUUUUAGCGCCCUCAUGCCGCGAAGAUCAGUUCAUCCGUCCUUUGCUUGAUAUUUGGUUUGUUUAUGGGUUUUUUAGGGCAGGUAAUCUCUGAUUUUACGUGGGUUUUAUAACUCCCGGAAGUUGGCGUUCUCCCAGUUUUGGGUAUAACGAGAAGAUGGAUGGAUGACCUCUUUUGAUUCUUUUUUUAUCAAAGCGCAACGAAGUUCAGUAACAAGUGUUUACCUUUUUACUAAUUGCAAAACAGCCGAGAUUCUUCUCCCUGUUUUUUGCAGCUCCAUUUUAUAUAUAGCGAGGAUGCAUGAUUAGUAUAUAUCACAUGAGAAAUUGCAAAGAAUCCUCCGUUUUGCCUCCCCCUUCCGAUCAUAUUGGUCUCUGUUUUUUUACACACACACACACACACACAACCCAUCCAUAAUCCUCUUCUCAAUUUGUCGGAUGAUUAAAGAUCUUCUUCGCCCUCGGUUUAUUGGGCGACGAGCUUAUUAAGCCGCUUGACCAUUAAAGAUCUCCCCUCCCAAUUCUCCGCGAUUUGCCGCGGCCCUGGGCGCGCGUUCGAAUCCGCCGUUUCCCCCCGCAUUUUCCCGCCUUCUCCACGCCGCUUUUCCUCUCUGUUUUUGUUUUAGCGCGCAAUUCGAAUCUUGGAGAUUGGGGGAAUGGGGCAGGCGGCGUUCCACGAAAUCGGCGAGCGCGCCCCUGCUGCAGAACGCGCUCGGAGCAGAAAAACGCCGUUGCAAACGGGCCCCCAUUGUUUCGCCCCAUUCUUCGGCUUGAAUUGAAAAUAAUUUGCGUUUUGUAAAACAAUUUUUGUUAAGAUUCUCCUUCCGUGGACUUUCGACCUUCUUCCCCACCGCCGCCGCAAAGGCGAUGAACUUUAAAAGAAGGGGGGCCCCGGGAAUUCGCGUUGUUUCUUCGAUCCCGUGCAAUUUUUUAAUCGAGAUGGAAUUGAAAUUUAACGAUUCGAAAUUGAUAGCCCGAGGGGUUGAUUUCUCGAUUUGGGGUGUAUAAGGGUUGCAUAAUCGAGAAUUGUGACGUUGUCAUGAUUUUCACAUUCUGGUUCCUUACUUUUUUCGCUUUUUUUUUAAACGAUGACAUUUUGGUCAAAACGGGGGAAAAUCGUAUUCUUUGGCCUUUAGAUGGCCUUGUCUUCUUGCUGAUCAGUUCGCACUAAAUUUAGAUGCUUUUGGCAACAAUUGCAAGCAGUUUAUUAUGAUGUGUUCUUGAUUUAUGUCUCUUACUGUGAUAACGUUCAUUUCUGUAUUCAUUGUGUUCUCGACUCAUUACCGGCCUCCAGGCGCUCCCUCCUCACCACACCCCUCUCUCUACACUUUAGGCUACAUCUCAUGACGAGCCGAACACCCCAUCAUCCCCCAACAACCAGCUGAUUGUUGUCGUCGCAGGCCGACGUCGGAUCCAUGGCGCCGCUCCUUAUCAGAGCCGAAUCACGUGGGAUCACGAGUGUUUCCUUCGCCUCUCCCCACUUACUCUCUCUUUCUGUCUUCUUUGUGAUGAUGUGCGAAUCGGUGGAGUGUAUUCUCCCGAACUUCGCCUCCCUCCCCCUCCCCAUUCCCCUUCGAUGGAAUUCUCUGAGACCGUUGUUGUCGCUCUUCGCGGAAUGACUGAUUAUCCCCGCGGUGCUGACGUCGACACGCCUUUCGCUUGA